AUGCAAAACGAUAAGGGUGAAUUAGUUGAAUUAUACAUUCCAAGAAAGUGUUCUGCUACCAACAGAGUCAUCAAGGCUAAGGACCAUGCAUCUGUCCAAAUUGCAGUCGCUAAUGUCGACGAAGAAGGUAGAGCUAUCCCAGACUCCAACACCUUGUACGCAUUGUCCGGUUUCAUUAGAUCCAGAGGUGAGGCUGACGACCAAAUCAACAGAUUGGCCCAACAAGACGGUUUGAUCCACAAUGUCUGGUCUUACUCUCGUUAA